AUGGGGCCAGAACAUGGGAUUAUCGAACUAAGCCAAAAGAUCGUCGAGAUAGUAGCUGUACGCUUGGAUAGACUCGAGAGAUCGACAGAUAGCUCGGAUAAGGUACAACUAGUAUCAGCUACGGUGGGGUAUUAUAUAGUUCGAGUCCAUUUGGCUUGGCUACAAGGGAGGUCUGAUAUCGCAGACCAUUUAUUUUCGAAGAUACCGGCAGUAGCUACUUCAUAUGACCAGAGACGCGUUCUUGAGUUAUGUUACAAGAUAGGAAAUUUUGCUCUCGUUGAGAGCCACUAUGAUAAUGCAGCGAAAUGGUUAGAAAGGGCCCUAUCAGCUUGGGAACUUUACAACGGUAAUAUGGCGCAGGAUGUUGGGAAUGACGCACUGCCCAUUUUACACGCAUCUAUUCGAGCAAACCUUCACCUCGAGAGUUCACUCGCUAAGGAGCGUCUCGCGAAAGCCCUCAACCUCGUUGAAAAGAAAUAUCGCCACGCGUUUGCCGUCAAGGCGCUUCAGCUUGAAAUUCUAAGCAGGGAGGGGCACUCGGAUGGCAAUGAGUAUCUUCAAAGUAAAGCAUUGUUCUUUCUCCAGAAAGUUCGAGACCAUCAGACCAGUUUCUAUGUGCAAGGAUUGCAGCAGAUUUUGGUCGCAAAGCUUGCUAAUUCCGAUCAGCAAGAGUGGACUGAGCGAAUCUUCAUUCUCUUGGUCUGGACGCUGACAAAUAGUCGUCUCCAUACGCAGAACAAUAGCAGUAUUCUGUGUGAUACGAUGAAAAGGAUGGCCAAAUGUGGUCGAGGUCUCUUGAGCGAGGACGCAACAAAUGCUUGUCUGAUUGUAACGACCCUAUGUGCUAUGGAGUCCAACUUCCUGGAAGGAAAGUAUAUUGCCAGCCUUUUCAUAGCUGCAGGCUGUCUGGUCUCAGCACAAUUAGGGAAAACGGGAAAGGUGAAAGAGGAUGAUGGGCUUCUCGCUCAGGUCAUACGUGUGCUCGAAGCAGCACACAAAAGUGGACAAAAUACCGUGUUUUCGGCCAUUGAACUGGAGUGGCUUUCGCAAAGGAGCUACAGCAUCGCUGUUCAGGCACGCUUGUGCGAUUCCAGGCUAGUGGUACAACUACUGGACCUCUCGAUACAGUUCACAGACUUGCAGAGGAAGGCCACAACCUGCGAGAAGCAGUCCAAUCUUUGGCAACACUAUCUGCACUGCGAUAUCAUCAAGGCUUUUAGAGCCAUCGCAGAGGCUCGCAAGGAGACGGAGCCCAGUUUGAAGGCUUGUUUAGCCCUAUUUCCACUUUACCAACACUACCGAACCUAUAUUCAAAACCGACCACAACCCGAGAAUACGGCCGACCAAAACAAUGAAUGGCUCCAAAAAUAUCGAAGGAUCUUGUCAAUUGACCUAGAAUGCGCUUUAUUCUUUAACCAAUGGGACUAUGUGUCUUCCAUUAUUGAGGAGUCGAAGAGCAUAAUCGACGGUGAACUCGGUUCGAUAUUUCUUGAUUAUGUCCUCCGUUGCGGAGCUUCGGUAACAUAUAUCGUCAAGGUUGUUGAGAAAAUAGUACUUGUCCUCCGCACCACCACGUCCCCGUACCUAGAGGCUGCAACAGCCCGGGCCUUUCUUCCCCGCUACAUCCAUACCUUCUUUCAACUGUCCUUGGACGCGUCAGAAUACUGUCUCGCUGAGUCGGCCCUUGAUCUGGCUUUAGCUUCAGCUUGUGACCUUUGCGGCACAACCUUGCGCUAUCCAAGUGAUGAGAUUCAGUGGAUGGCGACGGUGGCAUUUAAUCGAGCGGUGGAUCUCUAUUUACUUUCUGAAAGCGGCGAAUGCCAGCGGUGGGCAGAGAAGGCCACCAAACUUGCCGAUCUGGGUGAAGAGGACUGUGCGAUGCUGGGGAAGCUAUUGAGAGAGAAACUUCAGAAAUUGUCCUAG